AUGGCCGACCAGGCGCAAAGCACCAACUUCAAGGAGGCCUUCUCCCUCUUCGACAAGCGCGGCACCGGUCGCGUGCCUCUCGACUCCCUCGGCGAUCUCCUGCGCGCCUGCGGCCAGAACCCGACGUUGGCGGAGAUUCGCGACUUGGAGGGACAAGUGGGCGGAGACUUUGACUUUGACUCCUUCACCCGCGUCCUCAACCGUCCAGGCGGCUUCCGCGACCCCGGCGAACCGGAGGAAUACUGUCGCGGUUUCCAAGUCUUCGAUAAGGACCUCACGGGCUUCAUCGGUGUGGGCCAGUUCCGGUACAUCCUCACGAACCUGGGGGAGAAGAUGAGUGACGAGGAGGUGGAUGAGCUACUGAAGGCGGUAGACACCAGCAGUGGCGAGUUGAACUAUAUGGGUAAGGAUGGAAGGGUGCCUUGA